AGUCCCUUCGAUUCGGCACAUUGAGGAACCGAUGGAAAAGUCUUGUCUUGAUGGAAAAGUCUUCGCUCGUGAAAGCAGUUUAAAGAUAUUUAGAUUUUUCUAAAGAGCUCUCGGUUUUCAUUUGAAGCACACAAGCAUCGGCUUCAAAGGAUCCUAUGAAAGUGGUUCGCCACUCGCUGGACUUCCAAUUCCUGAGAUGUCGGAUCUGAUGCAAGCAGACGGUGCACCGAAUAAGACCGGAAGAGAAGGAAGAAGAGUUGCCACAAGUCCGAUUGACGCGAACCAGAGUAGUCCGACUACUUAAGAAGCGGUCAGUGUUUAUAAGAGGCCUGCAGAUGUGCGAGUUUGUGUCGUCAUUCUGCCUCUAAAGUGUUGUCGGGAACGAAGGCGUUUGUUGUACACCUCAACCCUCGAAUUCUCAGGAAGGGCACGCUCAUCGAGCCAUCGAAUUACAGAUCAAUCCCUCGAGCGUGCACAAUGACAACUCCGGUGAUCAUCGUGUGUGUUGACGUUGCCUCCGUGUACUCGUGGUUCUGCACCCAAGUUCUUCUCCGGUACAAAGAGAGAUGGGGAGUGAGACUGCAAUUCAGGCCCGUGUUGCUGGGAGCAAUAUUCAAGGGCAGUGGGAACGUGAUGCCCACGCUGCUGCCGGCCAGAGGAGCAUGGAUUCACAAGGAUUUGGCCCUGAACACUCGGUUUAUGCAGAUCCCACUGCUGGAGUUUCCUUCUACAUUCGGAUCUCCGAAAUUCAACUCUCUUCUGAUACAGCGUGCUCUGACUGCAGUUGCCAUUGAAAAGGGUUACGAAUCGGAAGAGUUUGCCAACACUCUUGUGGCCACUUGGAAGGCCAUAUGGGGAACGAGGCAUGUGCAAGAACUGGACAUGCACGACCCGGACUUCGUCCUGCGAUGCCUGACGAGCGCAGGCUACUCGCUGCAAGAAUCGCAGACCUUCCUGCAGAGAGCGAGCGAAGGCUCCGUGAAGGAGUGUUUGAAGAAGAACACAGAGCUCGCCCUCAAGAAUGGAGCAUUCGGAGCCCCGUCCAUUUUCGUCUACCUGAAUCACGACGCCCACCAAAAGGUCGAGGAUCUGUGGCAGCUCCAGGCGCCCGAACACUUCAUCUUCGGAUCCGAUCGACUGGACCAGCUCGCCUUUGCCGUGUCCCAGAAAUGGGAAGGACCCGUGCCUCCUUCCCUGGACAGCAAUCCCCCAAUCAGCAAGCUUUGAAUACACAUUCUCCCCCGCACAGUUUUUCAUUCUCGGAUGAGGUCAUUGCCAUGAAUGUACGAUCGAUUGAAAUAAAUGGUUUUAUUUUUU